UGCUAACACACACACAAAAAAAAAAAAUCCUUUUCAGGAUCAUCCAAAUCUAAACAUAAAUUGUAUCAACUACAAAGGUGUCAGUGCUCUGCACAUUGCUAUCAAGAAAGAAAACGAGAGACUGGUCAAACUUUUGUUCAGCCGACACGACCUAGAUUUCAGGGAUGCUGCCUUGCACGCUGUAGCAACUGGAAACACGGAACUGACAAAAACGAUUCUUGAUGCCAUACACGCAGUUUAUCCUGGAAGCGAAUUUUAUGGUUACAAAGAAAGUCCCGAUUACUCUCCGGAUAUUACACCGCUAAUUUUGGCUGCUCAUUGUGGAGACUACCAAAUGGUGCGCAUGCUGAUCGAGAGAGGCCACACUAUCGAAAAACCGCACGCCCCAACUUGUUAUUGUUUGACAUGUAAGCAGCAGAUCGUUGAAGCUGGAUCCUCUAUUUCUAGGAUUCGUCUAAAUGCCUAUAAAGCCGUAUGCAAUCCUUCUUAUAUCUGUCAAGUCACUAAUGACCCUGUCUAUUAUGGGUUUGCAUUGGAUAAAGAAUUGAAAGAAUGUGCUCUCAUGGAUAAAGAAUUUAGAGCUGAAUAUACAGAAUUGGGUGAACAAGUUCGAGGUUUUACAGUUAGCUUAUUGUCGGAAUGUCGCAACACGACUGAAAUAGAAAUGCUACUGAAGUUACCAUGGGGAUAUACCGGGACACAUAUGAAAGUAGAAUUUCCAAGAUUGCAAGUGGCGUUGGAUUACAAUCAGAAAGAAUUUGUUGCCCAUUCUAUGGUGCAGCAAGUGCUGACCACAUACUGGCUAGGAGAGUUUCGAUCUUGGCCUAGGUUGCAUUUCCCCCGCAAAGUGUUGCAUGUGGUAGUGAGGAUCCUCUUGUUGCCUUUCAUAUGCUUUUGUCUCAUCUUCAUUCCUCAGCUAAGACCUGUUAAGAAGCUCAAGGCACCUAUUAAUCGAUAUUUACUAAGUUUGGCGUCUUUCUUGAUAUUUACUAUGUCUGUCUUCUUAUUAAAUCAUUUGGAUACGGGGAACUUCAAGAGAGGACCUCCACAUACAGGUCUUGAAGCUAUAAUAGUAAUUUUUGUUCUUGGUCACAUAUGGUCUACUUUUCGACAAUUCUGGGUAGAAGGAGCGAAAAGAUUUUUCAGCGUUCCUUGGCAUUGGUAUGACAUGAUAAUGGAAUUUCUUUUCGUACUCACAUUUAUGCUGUGGAGUAAAUCAUUUUUUGAUGCUAAAGCAGAUCGAAUUAAAAAACAAAAGCCUCUGGAGAGAAAAUUUUGGUCAAGCUUGGAUUCCACGCUCCUCCACGAAGGAUUCUUUGCAAUAGCAACUAUACUCACCUUCGGCAAACUGGCAUACUAUUGCUUACAGAGCUCCAGACUAGGCCCAUUGCAGGUAUCCCUCGGAAAGAUUUUCAUGCAAAUUGCCUAUUUUCUCCUAUUCUGCUUCAUAAUGAUUCUGUGUUUCGCUAUACCUAUGACCAGGUCGUACGCAUACUAUACCGGAAUGACACAAACCACUGCAGAAGGGCAAAGUGUAACCCAACUGUCUUCUUUCAGCACGUUUACAAAUUCUUUCUCCACUUUCUUCUGGGCUAUGUUUUGCAUGUCUCCAGUGGAGUCGGCUGAUGUCGUAGUCGAAAAUUUGUCCUCAGACAAAAAGAAUCCUGUCAUAAAUCAUCAUGGAUUCACUCAGGCUGUGGGAAGGGCGCUCUUCGCCACUUACGAACUCUUGAUGGUGAUUGCCUUGGUGAACAUCCUCAUAGCUAUCCUAUCCAACACAUUCCAAAAAGUUGUCGACAAUGCCGAUGUUGAAUUCAAAUUUGCUCGAACCAAGCUCUGGACACACUUUUUUGAUGAAUCAACGAGAGUUCCAAGUCCCUUUAACCUUAUUCCAAGUAUGAACAUGUGUAUUUCUUGUCUGAAUUACUGCAAGGCCCUUGCGAACAAGACGCCAGGGGCGAAAGCAAAGUUUUCUUUCACGAGAUGCUGCUACAUAGAAUAUGAGAAAGAAGGAGAAGUGGAUACUCAUGCAUAUGAGACUCUUAUGACAAAUCUCGUUCAGCGUUAUUUCAGAGCACAAGAACAAGAUUAAUGCUAUUGAAAUAGAGAAUGUAGAAGCUUACCUCAGGAAUAUUAAUUAUUUCUUUCUUACAUUUCGAAUUAUCGCUCUUUGUAAAAAGUUAAU